CUUGCACCCUGUGCCCCACGGCCAGCUACCCCGUGUGAGGUUUUUAAUAAGGUGGAUGCAAGAGUCGGUCUUGCUCUCUUCUGGGUGACGCGGAUUGGAAGGGGUUCUCUAUACCAAUCUGUUCUUUUUCUUUUUCUGGCGUCUUCUUUCACUUUGCGAAACUGUAAAUACAUCUAAACGUCCGAGAGAGGAACCAUGAAGUGGACCUGGGUGCUGGGGGCAGUCUUCCUGUCCUUUGGGGCGCUGUCACUGGGCAAAGACAGCUUGGACUUCCCAGAGUACGAUGGCAAGGACCGCGUGCACGACCUCAACGCCAAGAACUAUAAGUCUGUGAUGAAGAAGUACGACGUCAUGGUGGUGUACUACCACGACCAUCCCGGGCCCAGCCGCGUCGCCCAGAGACAGUUUGAGAUUGAGGAGUUGACCCUUGAGCUCGCAGCCCAGGUCCUGGAUGAGUUCGACGAUGAAGACAUCGGAGUCGGCCUCCUUGACGCGAAGCACGACAAAGCCGUCGCCAAGAAAUUAGGCCUCAGCGAGUCCGACAGCAUCUUCAUCUUCACGGACGAUGAAGUCAUAGAAUACGAUGGCGAGCUUGCGGCAGACACCAUCGUGGAGUUCAUCUUUGAUGUUCUUGAGGACCCAGUGGAAGUUAUUGACAAUAGUAGGGAACUGAAAGGCUUUGAAAACAUCGAAGAGGACAUCAAACUGGUGGGCUACUUUAAGAGUCACAAGUCAGAACAUUUCGAUGCGUUCGCCGAUGCUGCUGAAGAGUUCCAUCCUCACAUCAAGUUCUUUGCCACAUUCAAUCCCAAGAUUGCCAAAACUCUGGAGCUGAAGCUCAAUGAGGUUGACUUCUAUGAACCCUUCAUUAAUGAUCCAGUGGUCAUCCCAGGAAAACCUUACUCUGAGGCAGAGCUGGUGAAAUUCAUUGAAAAUAAUGACAGGCCGACCCUGAGGAAGCUGCAGCCACACAACAUGUAUGAGAUCUGGGAUGACGAAGUGGAUGAUGACCAUAUCAUUGCUUUUGCAGAGGAGUCUGAUCCAGACGGUUUCGAGUUCCUUGAGAUCCUGAAGGAAGUUGCUGAGGAUAACACAGACAACCCUGACCUCAGCAUCGUGUGGAUUGACCCUGACGACUUCCCCCUGCUUCUGCCCCACUGGGAGAAGACUUUUGGAAUUGACUUGUCCUCCCCACAGAUCGGUGUGGUCGAUGCUGAUGAUGCUGACAGCGUGUGGAUGGACAUGGACGAUGGCGAGGACUUGCCGUCUGUAGACGAGCUGGAGGACUGGCUGGAGGACGUUCUGUCAGGAGAAAUCGAUCCUGAUCAUGAUGAUGAUGAUGAUGAAGACGAUGAUGAUGAUGAUGACGACGAUGAUGAUGAUGAUGAUGAUGAUGAUGAUGACGACGAUGAUGAUGACGAUGAUGAUGAUGAUGAUGAUGACGAUGAUGAUGAUGACGAUGAUGAUGACGACGAUGAUGACGACGACGAUGAUGAUGAUGACGAAGACGAUGAUGAUGACGACGAUGAUGAUGAUGACGAUGAUGAUGAUUAUUAAAUCAUUAAGUCAUAAUUUACUGACCAAUGCAGUUUCAAGAUCAUUAACUCGGUCAAAUCAUCUUCUUUUGUAACUAGUUCUCAUGUCGAACUCUUCAGUCCAUUUUGAUAUCUCUCUGAUAUCUCAUCUGUUCUUCAUCCUCUCCCCGCAUCUCACCGGGUCAAUAGUCCACUACUCGUUCAUCCCUCUGCCCAAUUAAUCUAUUUACUAAUCCUCCAUAUUAAAGUACUUUCUAAGAUGAGAUCCCACCGCACCUUUACUCACACAUGAAACUGGUCUGGUACAAUGAAAAAAAAAAAACAUUUUAAAAACCUUGCCAUCUAUUGAUUUUUAUGUUAUUACCAAGUAUAUACUUUCCAACGAGGGGUUACAGUGUUGUGCGCAUUAUGUCUGAGUCCAUCUGUGGAGUCUGUUGCAGUCUGAAUGAGCUUUAUCUGGACAUUUAUUUCCAUGUGAAGUAUCUCCAGCCCACUCUGUGAAAUCAAUGUAACGCUGUACCCUGUACCUCAUAUGGAUGUUUUCUACGAUGAUGAAAUAUGACAACAGCCAUAUUCUAUUUUUGUAACAAGAGGAUUUUAACUUACUGUAAAGUCUUAAAUAAAUUACAGCUUGGACAGAAACCAC